AUGGGUUUCAGCGAGGCGAGGGCGAGGCAGGCGCUGGUGAAGCACAAGGAAGUGCAGGCUGCGGUGGAGUGGCUCUCGGGCGGGGGCGGAGGCGGGGACGACACCGGCGGAGGAGGAGACGUCCCGGAGCAGCCGUUCGUUCUCUGCGCGGAGGAGGAAUCCCGCCUCCUCGCCGGCGCAGGAGCAAAACUCAUCAGCGAGGCCUCCCUGUCCUCUGCCGGCGGCGGCGGGCAGAGCAAGGGCGGGACGGCGGGGGCGGCGGCGGGGCGGGUGAGGACGGCCGGUGAGGACGACGGGAGGGUGCUGCGAGCGCUGCGCUCCCCAGCGCUGCAGUCCGCCCUCCACGUCACCACCAUGCGUGAUGACCUCCUGCCCGACCUCAUUGGGCAGACUUUACCCCCGGAGUGGCGCGGCGCCGGCGCCGCGGGGGGCGGCGGCAGCAGCACCGCGUUCCCGUGGACCCCCGGUAAGUCCGGCCACCCGGACGUGGACUGGUUCCGGCGGCUCUGGGGGUACCUCGCGUCGUCGCGGCCGACGGCGGUGCGGCUGCUGGCGGAGUCGUACCCGGUGGUGCCCACGGGCAACUCGGUGGUGUGCCCCCUCAGCCUGCGGUCUGCGGUCAUCGACGGCGACAGACUCGGCAAGGACGUGCGCAACAUCCUGGUCGGGGCCGGCUGCCGGACGCUGCUCCCGGGGGUGUUCGCCCGCGGCGUCGGCGACGCGGCGGCAGCGGCGGCGGCGAGAGAAUCCAAGGCGGCGACCACCGGUGGGACCAAACCCGCAACACCGGAGGCGCAACAAGAGGGGGGGGACGCCGACGCUGCUGCUGCUGCUUCUGCUCAGCGACGGCCGUUGCCCCCACCCCCGGUCGAGCUCUUCGAGUACGUGCGCCCGGGCACGCGGGAGGGUGUCCUGGCGGCCCUGGGCACCGCCAGGCGGAGCGCGGGGAAGCCUCUGACGGACCUCAUGCGGGCGGCCGGGGCGGCGGAGCGGGACGCCCUCCGGGAGUUCCUGGCGCGCGAGCCGGCGAGCGAGAUGUCCAAGGUGGAGGUGGACGUCUGCAGGGAGCUGCCCAUCCUCCCUCUGCACGAGGACGGCCUGGUGGCCGCCCGCGUUAUCGCGAGGGCCGAGAUUGCCACCGCCGCCGCCGCUAGCGGCGGCGGCGCGGCAGCGGCCCGGAAUACCGGGAGUGGUUCGGUACCGCGGCCCGGCUCUGGUCAGGCCAGCGACGGCGGCACCUACGCGGCGGCUAAGGCGGCCCCGCUGUACCUGCUGCUCGAGACCGGCAACGGUUUCGUGGGCGUGGGGAACAAGGAAAAGGACGCCACCGACGUUCCGACGUCAGCGGCGACGGAGGCCGCGCAGAAGUGGCUUGAGACCCACCUCCUCACCCCGAGCUUCGUCAGGGUCCGCGGCGGCGGGGCGGAGGCGAAGCUGCUGGAGGUGCUGGGCGCGCGGCUCGUCGGCCGCGCGGCGUUCUUCGUCGAGCACGUGUUCCCCAGGAUGGAGGAGCUGCCCAACGGCCUCCGGGACGUGGCGAUGGUGGAGGCGCUGCUGGCGGCUCCGAGGCUGUCGCAGCAGCACGGGCGGUUCAGGACGGCACUGGCGGAGCUGGAGUUUGUUCCCACCACCAGCAAGUCGAAGAAGCUGGUUCGGCCGCACGAGAUCUUCGACCCCGAGGUCCCCGAGCUCCCGUCCCUUCUCCCGGAGUCGCGGUUUCCAGACGGCGUUUUCCGUCACAAGGACGUCCUUGCCGCUCUUCGACCGCUGGGCCUCCAGGGGACGCUGGGGUGGGGGGGGCUGGUGGAGGCUGCCGCUUCCGUCGAGGCGAUGAGGCGUGACGGCAAGGCCGGGGCGGGGGGACGAGGACCGCAGCAUGAGGAGGGGGGGGGGGAGACGGAGGCCCGUAUGAGGGGGCGCGCGCUGCUGACGUACCUGGACACGCACGAAACGCGGCUGUUCGAGCUCAAGAAGGAGAACGCGGGGCUGCUGCAGAGGAUGGCGAAAAUCGUAUACGUCGACGCGGCGGCUAAGGAGAGGGAAAGGGAGAGGCUCGUGGCCCUCCACAAGCUGAUGGCGCUGUCAUGGGUGCCCGUUCUGGCCACUUUCCCGUCGCCGCUGGUGCCGGACACCGGCGGCGGCAGCGGGGGGACGGCUUUCUCUCUGUCUGGGGAAGACAAGGGCGGGGUGGUGUCUCCGUCGAGGGUACGGCUGCGGGAGGACAUGUGGAUCUGCUCGCGAACGUACUACGUUCUGGACGCCGAGGUGCGAAGCUCUGCUGUUCGGGCGGCGUUCUCGUGGAACACUCCCGUGGAUCCGGUCGUCGUUGCUCGGCAGGUUAUCGGCCUCGCCGAGACGUUCUCCGCGGCACGAGAGGCUCUCGAAGCGGCGCCGGCCGAAACCGGAGGAGGCGGGGAUGACAAGACAACGUCCCCGGGGGAUAACGCGCACACCCUCGAGGGUCACCGCCAGACCAUGGCCGGGGUGGUACCAAGGCUGUACCAGAUCCUCAGCAACGCCGUGGAGGCUGACGAGGCCCGGUCGCGCUCGCAAGAGGGCGGCGGCGGCGGCGGCGGCGGCAACAACCCAGGGGUGGUAGUGACGGAAAGGGUUCGCGCCGUCCUGCACGGGAAGCCGUGGCUUUGGGUUGGGGACGCUUUCGUGCCGGCGGACCAGGUGGCCUUCACGAGCCCCGCAAACGCGGCCCCUUACCUGUACGCGGUACCCCCGGACCUGGCGUGCUUCGCGACCCUCCUGAAGCGCUUCGGCGUGCGGCCGUCCUUCGGGCCGUCGGACUUCUGCCACGCCCUCCGCCGCCUCGCCGUGGAAACCGGCGCCGCGGAGCCCCUCCUUACAACAGCCCCCCCCGCCGCAGGCGGUGCCCAGAGAAGCGGGGUGGUCGGGGGCCUCGCGGCGCUGACGGGCUACAAGGGCAACAACGGCGGCGACAGGGUGGCGCGCACGCUGUCUUCUGGACAAGUGGAGCUUGCUGUCGCCAUGGUCCAGGUGCUCAGCGACGAGUCCAUCCGGGUGUCGGACCUGGAGGUGUGGGUGCCGGAUGCUUCCGGCGUGCUCGCGCUGAGCACGGCCCUGCUCUACGACGACGCUCCGUGGUUGACGAAGCAGAACCUGUCCCGGCUGGACUUCGACCUGGGCGUCCCGGGGGAGUCGUUCGGGCAACAGGAAAGCCUCACCCCCCGCCUGAAGCACAUCUUGGAGAUGUAUCCCGGAGGGCCCCAGAACGCCGAUGACGCCGGAGCCCGCACGGUGCGCGUUAUGCUCAACACCCGAGAGUACGGGGACGGGAGCCUCCUGAGCCCGGCCAUGUCGAACUGGCAGGGCCCCAGCCUGUACGUGUACAACGACGCGGUUUUCACCGAGAGGGACUUCCAGAACCUCGCCAAGAUCGGGCAGGCGUCGAAGCUCGACAAGCUGGCUGCGACCGGCCGCUUCGGCCUGGGAUUCAACGCAGUCUACCACUUUACGGACCUCCCCAGCUUCGUGUCGGGCGAGCACCUUGUCAUGUUCGAUCCACACACCAAGUACGUGCCGGGAGCCACGCACGUUCAGCCUGGCAUCAAGAUCCGCUUUGCCGACACCGACCUUCUGGACCAGUUCCCCGACCAGUUUUCUCCCUAUCUGUUCUUCGGCUGCGAGCUGAAGAAACACUUCAAGGGAACGCUCUUCCGCUUCCCGCUCCGCACGGCUACGGUGGCCCGCGACAGCGAGAUCUCGCACGCCAGCUACUCUCCGGGGUCCGUCAUGAACCUGCUCAACCAGUUCAAGGAGCAGGCUAGCAGGUACCUUCUCUUCCUGCGCCACGUGGAGCGCAUCGAGAUGUACACCGUCGGCGACGGUGUCGACAACAAGACGCCCGUCCUGCAGUACAGCGUCGAGGUCACCAAGCGGGACCCCCCCACCGGGUGGGCCGCGGUGCCGACCUUCGUCACGGGGCCUCCCCGGCGCCCCCUCUCCAAGGAGGCGUUCUACUCCAAGCUGGGGCAGACCCCGGACGCGGUCCUCCCGAAGGUGGAACAGAUGGUGACGAUCACGUUCCGGGAGGAGGGGGCCCGCAGAAGGGGGAAGGGCGGGGGGUCCUCCUCCUCCCGGCGGCAGGCGGUGGAGAUCUCGGAGGGGGAGACCACCAGCGACGACGACGACGUGGUGGUGGACAUCGACGGCGGCGGCGGCGACGAGGAUCUGAGAGGUCUGACCUCGGCGACCGGCGGCGGCGGCGGCGGCGAUGGUGGUGGUGGGGAGGGCAAGGGCGGCGCUGGGGCGCUUGUUGUCGGCGGGGCGGGGGGGAAGGAGGGGCCGACGUCGAUCGUGGACGUGUUCCUCGUUUGCGCGGCCAUCGGGGGCGGCAACGCGAAGAAGAUGGCGUGCCUGCCGGAGCACAGGCACAUGAAACUUAUUCCGUGGGGAGGGGUGGCGGCACACAUCAGUCGGAACUCGCACCCACCCCCUCCCUUCGAAGGCCACGCCUUCUGCUUCCUACCGCUGCCGGUUAACACGCUGCUCCCCGUGCAUGUGAACGGCUUUUUCGAGCUGUCUUCCAACAGGAGGGACAUCUGGUUCGGAGAGGACAUGCAGGGAGAAGGAAAGCGCCGCUCCGAGUGGAACAACCUUCUCCUCCGUGACGUCAUCGCGCCGAUCUACGCCGCCCUUGUGGCCAGGGCACGAGACGUCAUGCAAGCCGGUCCGCAGCACCAGGCUCUCCUCCCCGCGGCGGAGACGCCCAAGCCGUGGGAUACCGUGGUCGCGGCCACCUACUCCAACCUCAAGAACGUUCCGGUGCUCUUCAGCCGGAGCGCGACGGGGGGUAAGGGUCGCUGGAUCCCCCCCGGGCAGGCGGUGGUGGUGGAGGAGGUGGAGGAGGACGGCGGCGGCGGGUCGGAGGAGAGGGUGGAGUACACCAAGCGUCUCACCAAGAUCCUCCUGUGGGACAGGCUCCCCGUAGUCCGUCUCCCGGCCUCCCUCAAGAAGACCAUGCUGCACUACAAGUGCCUCGCCGCGGACGCCACGCCGGCCUUUCUGCGCUCCCACUUCGGCAACGCCAGCGUCUCCCACGCCUGCCUCGGCCUGGAGGCCGGGGGUGCCGCAGUAUCCUCCGACGGCGGCACCACCACCGUCGCGCGCGUCCCCGACCGCGGCCCCCCCCAGCCGAGGAGAACGGCCCCGGUCGGCGGCGUGAUGAACUCGGGGGAGCUGGUGCGGUUCCGCCCCCCGGCUACCCGGCAGGAGGCGCGGACCAACGCCUUGUUCCUGCUGGAAGCAGCGGCGUCGGGGCUGGGCGCGGAGACGUUCGGGCAGCUGGUGGGCCUCCCGCUGCUACCGCUCGCGAACCGCACGCUCGGCAGGUUUGCGGCGCCGCCGGCGGGCUCGACCGACGAGGCUGAGGGCAGGGUGGUCGACGCCUCCACGGUGUUUGUGUGCUCCCAGGCGGAGCGGAGGCUGCUGGCAGGCCCCGGGCUCGGCGGGGAGGGCGGUGGCGCCGGCCACCGCCUGCUCGAGAGCAUGGAGGACCUGACCCACGGGGCGAGGGUGAUCCUCAACAACAAGCGCGUGCACGCGGCCACCAACGUGGCGGUCAUGGAGCCCAGGGACCUGGCCGGGAUGCUGGGGGCCGUGUUCCCGCAGGCCUGGCAGGGGCUGACGCAGGUGGCGUGGGCGCCGGGAUCCCGAGACGUGCGCCCCAAGCAGCCCUCCGAGGACUGGGUGUCUUGCCUGUGGGACUACAUCUGCAAGGAAGGCGUCGGCGCCAGGAACGGGCGCGGGCGGGGUCGGGCCGGGCAAGACCCGGCGGAGAAGAUCCGGCUCUUUGAGCGGUCGUGGCCGCUGCUGCCGGCGACGGGCGGGGUCAAGGCCGACACCAUCCGCGUCCUGCUGGAGCUGCACGAGAACAUGCCGGUGGUGUCUCCGAUGGCGGAGGGGAUCGGCUCCCACACGAUGAACACCAGCAUGCGGAAGGUCCUCUCCCAGCUAGGAGUCUGGAUCCUCGACGCCUCCGCGCUCGGCAACCAGGCCCAGAACCCGCUCGUCCUCAAGUACGCCAACGCCUGCAGCCCCGCCGGCGUCCUCAGCGCUCUCCAGCAGGCGCUAUUCCCUUCUCCGCCGCCGCCGGGCGGCGGCGGCUCGACGGGGCGAGAAAUUUCAGCGGAGGCGACAGAGUUGUCGGCGGCCUCCUCCGAGCCGGACUUCGGCCCCGGCGGCGCCGCUCGCAGGAAGGUGGACGGCCGUUUCCAGUCGGUCGCGCCGGCGGAGCGGCACGCGCUCCGGUCGUUCCUGGCUAGGAUAAGGCUCUCUGGGGGCGGCAACAAGCGCCUCACCGACCGGCAGGUGGCGCUGCUCAAGGGCCUCCCGAUCUACCGCGUCCACGGCGGAGGAGGCGUUGUUCCUGCCGCCGCCGCCGCCGCCGCCGCCGCCGCCACCGCCGCCAGUAAGACCGGCGCGGAGCGGUUUACCUCGAUAUCGGGGGCGGCGGAUCGGCUCCUGCUUGCCCCGAAGGGAACGGACCCGGCGCUCUUGGGCCCGGUGUUCGCGGUCGAGAGCUCCGAGGACACGGAGUUGCUGGAGAGCUUGGGGGUUCAGCGUGUCGGGAAGGGGGCGUUUUUCCGGGAGCACGUGCUGCCCGGACUGGCCGCGGAGAGCAGGGCUGGUGCUGCGGGGUCGCGGCAAGUCGGCGGCGGUGGUUAUCCGCCAAGUGGCGACCGGAAAGCGACCCCGGGGACAGUAGGAGCCGUCGGGUCCUCGACAGGCGAAGCUCUCCUGGGUGCCUCCCAAGCAGCCACCAUUACCGUCCUCUCCAACCUCCAAGAACUGUGCGCCGAAGACCCGGGCCUCGAAGCCGCGCUGCGGGCGUCGCAGGUCGUAACCGACGGCGGAGGCGAACCGGCACAAAUAUCGGACCUGUUUGAUCCGGCGGUCGACGAGCUGCGGAGUUUGUUGGGGCCGGAGGCGUUCCCGUCUAAGGACUUGUGCAUUCCGGCGGCCUUGGCGGGCAUGCGCUCGCUCGGCCUGCAAACCAGCCUGACCUGCGAGGGCGUCCUCCAGUCCGCCCGCUCCAUCGAGGCGGCGUUCGCCUCCCCGGUGGUGCCUUCGGCUACCGCAGACGCCGCCGUAGGCGCCGCAGGCGGCGGCGGCGGCGGCGGUGGUGGUGUCGAUGCCGCUUCUGAGGCGCGGCAGGCCGCCGUCACCCGUAGCCGAAAGCUUCUCGACUUCGUGGACCACCGUGCCGACCAGCUCCUCCUGUCGUCGGGCGAGUCCGGCCGCUGGUUUGUGGACCCGCGCUCGGCAACAACGGCCGGCGGCGGCGGCGGCGGCGGCGCUGCCGAAGAGAAGUACCGGGAGGAAAUGUCGAGCUCCGACUCGGAGUUGGACUACGACGACGACGACGACGGUAGCGAUUACGAGGAGGAGGACGAGGAGGGAAGCCGCCGCUGGGAGGCCAGGGUGAAGGCGGCGAGGGAGCGCAAGGAGAAGAGGAGGGAGAAGAAGGAGAGGGCUAGGACGAGGGUGGCGGCGGCGGCGGCGAAGCGGCCGCCCCCGCCGAACGAGUUCGUGGAGGAGCUGACGAGCAUCGCGUGGCUGCCGGUGCACGGGCGGGCUCCCAAUGACCUCUUGCCCUGGAAGGCGCAGGGAGCGAGUCCUCGCCAGGAAUCCGUGGACGUGGCUGCGCCUUGCAACACUCGCCCCGAGUCGGAGCAGUGGUUCUGCAGCCUGCGCCUUGGGGUCCUGGAGGGGGACGUGAAGUCGCGGUCGCUCAAGAAGGCCUUCGGCUGGGACCGGCCCGUGCCGGGAGUGGUGCUCGCGAUGCAGCUGGUGUCGCUGUCCAAGAAGUUCGAGAAGCUCACGAUGAUCGCACAGAAGGCCGAGAUGAAGCGCAAGCUGGCAACGGUAACGCCGGAGAUUUACAACGCCCUCGACUUGCUCGUCGGAACGCAGGAAUUCAACCAGGUCGGCGCAUGUCUCCUGUUUUUUGUCGGUUUCUUUUGGCGUCUUUACGCACAUCGUCAUAUGCGUUGA